UCAGUCAGAGUUUGGUGACUCCACUUGCUUACGAGGCUCCCAGCUCAUCCUCCUCUGACCGCUGCUUUUCAGAUUUUCACCUGUUGUGCUCAUAAGAAAACUAUUAAACCUCAGCAAAAAUGGAGGCAAUCAAGAAGAAGAUGCUUAUGCUGAAGUUGGACAAGGAGAAUGCACUGGACCAGGCUGAACAAGCUGAAGCAGAUAAAAAAGCAGCUGAAGAGAGAAGCAAACAGCAUGAAGACGAGCUUCUGCAAAUGCAAAAGAAACUGAAGGGGACGGAGGAUGAGCUGGAUAAAUACUCUGAGGCUCUGAAGGACGCUCAGGAGAAGCUGGAGGUGGCUGAUAAGAAGGCUGCCGAUGCUGAAGCAGAGGUGGCUUCCCUGAACAGACGAAUCCAACUGGUGGAAGAAGAGUUGGACCGAGCUCAGGAGAGACUUGCCACGGCCCUGCAGAAGCUGGAGGAAGCUGAAAAGGCUGCUGAUGAGAGCGAGAGAGGUAUGAAGGUGAUUGAGAACAGAGCUCUGAAGGAUGAGGAGAAGAUGGAGCUCCAGGAAAUUCAGCUCAAGGAAGCCAAACAUAUCGCAGAGGAGGCCGACCGCAAGUAUGAGGAGGUGGCUCGUAAACUGGUGAUUGUGGAAGGGGAGUUGGAACGUACAGAGGAGAGAGCUGAACUGGCUGAAGCUAAAUGUGCUGAGCUGGAGGAGGAGCUUAAGAAUGUUACCAAUAACCUGAAGUCUCUUGAGGCCCAAGCAGAGAAGUAUUCUCAAAAGGAGGACAAGUAUGAGGAGGAGAUUAAAAUCCUGACUGACAAGCUCAAAGAGGCAGAGACUCGUGCUGAGUUUGCUGAGAGGUCUGUGGCCAAGCUAGAGAAGACUAUUGAUGACCUGGAAGAUGAGCUUUAUGCACAGAAACUCAAGUACAAAGCCAUCAGUGAGGAACUGGACCAUGCCCUAAAUGACAUGACCUCUAUAUAAAUGUGGAGAGGUGGACCCAUGCUUCCAGGUUGUGGUCCAGACCUGGACCUGUUCAGUAUCUGUUCCUGGACUGAUAUGCUCUCAUCCUGUACACCCCCACCCCACCCCCAUUUCUCCAUGUUGUCAUUUCUUAGCUGAUUUUUGCCUGUUGGAGAAGUCACUAGACAUUAAAAGUUUUCUGGUUCGGAUGGUUUUUGUCACCUUUCAUCACUUUUUCAGUCAAUGUUAAAGAAAUGCAUGAGUUAAUGCAUCUACUUAAGGAACUAUUUUGGCCAAAAACUAACAUUUUUGUGUAAAUUUGCAAUAAACUGAAAAUCAGCAGUGACAAACAGAA